AUGACGGUCAUUCCCACUACGAAUCAACUGCUCCCGCAUCCGCGCAAGGCACCCGGGUUUCAUCAAACAAGGGAAAAAUUUGAGGUCAACGCAGAGUUUUUGAUCCUCCAUAAGAUAGUCGCGGAGCUUCCAGUCUGCAAUGUAUCAACUCGUGAUUGGAAGCUACCCCGUGAUGUUUUCUUGGCUGACCCGGAAUUCAACAAAACCGGUGAAAUAGAUUUGCUGAUGGGCAUCGAACACUUUUUCUCGUUCUUCAACACAACCAGACGAAUACAUUUGGGUAAACAUCUGCCAACGUUGAUAGACAGUGUGUUCGGAUGGCUAGUAUCGGGGAAGUUUAGCCCAGCUCAUCCGAAUGGGCAGAAAUCUCGCUGUAGUAUUACGGCAAUUUCGUUAGUUAUCCUGGAAGAAAGUAUAGAGCGUUUUUGGAAAAUGGAAGAGCUGUCGGAUCGCAUCAACUUUUCACAAGAAGAGAAGCAAUGUGAGCAAUUUUACUCCUCCACUGUAUCCCGUCAAACUGAUGGACGCUAUAUGGUUCGUUUACCACGCAAACAUAAUUUCGAUGAACUGUUGGGACAGUCAAAAACUAUGGCACUGCAUCGUUAUGAACUUCUCGAGCGUAGGCUACUGAAAAAUCCUGAACUUAAGGAAGGAUAUAAUGAAUUUAUGUCAGAAUAUCUCUCUCUCGUACACAUGCGAUGUAUUCGAUACGAUGACGAGCAAUAUUCGAAGACAAAUUACCUCCCGCAUCAUCCUGUUACAAAGGAAGAAAGCACGACUACUAAAUUACGUGUAGUGUUCGAUGCUUCCGCCAAAACCAGCACCGGCUUCUCACUCAACGAAGCACUGUUGGUGGGUCCUGUAAUUCAGGACGAUCUUCUGACAAUCAUCCUUCGGUUUCGGACAUAUCCAGUUGCAGUGGUGGCGGAUAUCGCCAAAAUGUACCGCCAGAUUCUACUCCACCACGACGACACUACCCUCCAGAGAAUCGUGUGGCGCUUCAAACCAACGGAUCCAGUAGAAUGCUAUGAACUUCAGACCGUUACUUACGGGUUAAGUCCAUCAUCCUUCCUAGCAACGCGUACGCUGGAGCAACUGGCUGUGGACGAAGGCGAGUCCCAUCCAAUUGGAGCUCUGGCUCUGCGAAAGUCCUUCUAUAUGGACGCUUCAUAA